GAAAACUGUUAAGGUGGGGUUAAUGGUGGUAAGUAGUUUACCAAUGCGCUCACAACACGAUCACCAAUCUAGAACGACUUUUGACGUGUGCGGAGGAAAAGCGUACCAAAACACUCGCUUAAUGGUUUGCGCCAACAUGGCCCCGUCCCGGAGUUGCCCUAUUCCCGAAUGGGUAAUUUGGCACUGUAUCGUGUCACCUUCGCUACCCGCGCGAGCUGAGAAUAAAAAGAGGAUGCUAUUCUAUUUGUGAAGUCUUGUGUUUUUUUUGUCCAUCUCUCUAUUUUUUGCUGUUGCCCUUUCUGUUCUACCCCACUGUCUCGUUCAUGUUUGUUGUGCCUUUGUGUUGUGUGCCGGAGGAUCUCUAGCGCUUUUGUUUGUAAUAAUCUCACCUCGUCCUUAAUUUCCUACCCUUUCACUCCCCGUCGACACCGACCCCGUCGCAACGUUAGGCAGCGCACCGGCGUGCUGUUCAUUCAAACCGAACGCAGCCCUGUUACCUGACCCGCCGUGCCGAGAAUGAAUCCUAGACGCGCGCAGGUACCGCCCUAUUAUUUUCCCUCUCUGUUUUGGUUUUCGUUCAUACGGGUAAAACAGGGGGUUCGUCGCUUGCUCAGUGAAUUGCAGCGCACGUUAUCCUUGCGCGCUUGGUGUACCCCUGUGCGCUCGUAUGAGUGUGUGUGUUUAUGAAGGGUAGUGCGCAUGCGGGUUGAUGUGUAUAUGCCGGUGUAAAGACCAACAUACCGCAGGGUAUAGAGCCGGGGCAGCCAAUCGCAAGCGAGCAUCCUUUUUUCUCGUUUCUUUUUUUACAAGGGGCCGACAAAUGCGGCACUGGUAUUGGUGUGCGGCAGGCGGCCUCGCCUUAGCAAAAGGACAUUGCCGGUGUCCAUUUAAAACAGGCGCACCCGAGCCGAAAGUAGAUCAAUCGAGUGCGAACCUUCAGCGAGCGCACUGUUGCAAAACCCGACCGAACCAGUAGGCGAGAAACCUUUCCGACUGCUAGUAACACCGUGACGUUGUGCUUUGGUGACAUUCAUACGCUGCCUCACAGGACCUCUGUGUGUUUGAGCGUUGUGCUAAGUUGUGUGUGUGUGUGUGCGUGUGUGUAUGCAUCUGUGCCCUCGCUGUUAGUGUAAUUAGUGCUUCCGACAAUCAAGAGCAAAACAACAAAACCAAACAACAAACUCGUGCAGUGCUGCAAAGUGCAAACUAGACUGGCGAUAAGAACGAAUCACGCCGAAUUUAAUCAAGCCAUCAACUAUCAACGCGAUCAACAUUUCGCGCUUCGCCGCUAGAUGAUGUUCAGCAGCCUCCCGACGGCGCAGGAGCGCACAGGCCAGGACAUGCAGUCGCCAGUGAGCUCACCCGAGCUCAUCGAUCCCCGCUUCAAUCACAUGCGCAUACCAGCCUCUUCGAGUCGCAUACUGUACGAUGUGCCGUGCAAGGUAUGCCGCGAUCACAGCUCCGGCAAGCACUACGGCAUCUACGCCUGCGACGGGUGUGCCGGGUUCUUCAAGCGCUCGAUCCGCCGCAGCCGCCAGUACGUGUGCAAGUCCAAGUCGGAGGUGCCGUGCGUGGUGGACAAAACGCACCGCAACCAGUGCCGGGCCUGCCGGCUGAAGAAGUGCUUCGAGGUGGGCAUGAACAAGGACGCGGUCCAGCACGAGCGCGGCCCGCGCAGCUCGACCCUGCGCAAGCAGAUGGCGCUGUUCAUCUCGAAGGAUUCGCCGCUCCGCCACGACAUGAUGCUAACGCCCGGCAUCCCGAUCCCGCACCCCGGCCACCACCAUGCCCAUCAUCACCAUCAUCAUCACGGGCACCACCAUCACCAUCACCAGCAGCCGGCGAUGGGGCUGGAUCUGUCGCUCGGGCGCAACCCGUUCCUGACGCCGCCACCGUCGGCACCGUCCGCCGGUCCGUAUCUGCCACCGCCGGCCCUGUUCGCCGGGGCAGGAGGCAUGCCGCCGUCCCAUCCGCUCGUCGCGGUCGACGCGAUCCGGGAGUCUGCCGCCCAGCUGCUCUUCAUGAACGUCAACUUCCUCAAGAGCCUGACCCCGUUCACGCAGCUCCCGAUGGCGGACCAGCUGGUGCUGUUCGAGGAGUCGUGGCGCGAGUUCUUCAUCCUGGCCGUGGCCCAAUACCUCGCGCCAAUCAACUUCAGCCAGCUGCUGAUCGCGUACGAGUAUCUGAACAACAACCGGGGCGAAACCGGCACCGUGAGCGACUUUCUCGUGAAGGAGGUCGAGAUCUUCCAGGAGAUUCUCGCCCAGCUAGCGGCGCUGCGCGUCGACCCGAACGAGUACGUCUAUCUGCGCGCGAUCGUCCUGUACAAGAGCGAGUUCGACGCGGAAACGAGCAUCUCGAGCGUGAGCAGCGACGGUUCGGACGUAACGACCGCGUCGUCUGCCGGCUCGGCCAAAUCGAUCGGCGAGAUUGCGACGGUCCGGGCGCUGGAGGAAAGCGCGAAGGAAGCGCUCGCGUCCUACAUCAGUACCUGCCGGCCAGGGCCGUCCAACCGGUACCGGACGCUGCUCCAGCUGCUGCCCGCCCUGCGCAACGUGUCGAGCUAUACGAUCGAGGAGCUGUUCUUCCGGCGCAACAUCGGACCGGCCCCGCUGCUGAAGCUGCUGCUCGACUUCUACCGACAGAAGUAGAGGGGGAGGGGGGUACACCACCAAUGUAUCGUCGUCAUCCGGACCGAAAUGGGUCGUCUAAUAUCUGUGAUUGCACUAACGGGAUUUCGUGCCCGAAAGCCCCAAACCGUUGCCCGCCACCGUGGACAAUAAACCGAGCGUGCUGGAGUGUUAGAGUUACUAGUAAUAUAGCCUCGCUGUGUAAGGAAACUGCCGUUGGACGCGAGCAAAGUUUCAAAUGUACGGCAGAGUAUUUACUUCGAUGUGUAUCAAAGAAAAAUAUCUUUAUGUAAUUUUAAUAACGCUAGAUCAAUAAUGCGCCAUACAGUCCAAUACAAUCUAAUAAACAAAACAUA